AUGUGCACGUUAAACGUCUCUGAUACAGCAGAUACAGAAAUCUGUGUCACCUACACGUCGUCAGAAUAUAUAAUUUCUUCCGAUGGAUGGGUUCCAAUAACAAGAGAUCACGUAUACAACCCAACGAAUUUCAUACACACUCCUUUGAAACCACACACCAUUACCAGUAAUACUAUUAAAGUAAUAAAAGCACAAAACGACCAAGAAAAAGAUAGUAAACUAACCAAACAAUUGGAUUCGUUCCUGCAAAGUGGAUCUACCCCAUUUUUGGGAUUUAGAGCUUCAGUUAACGUGGAUGAUAAAACAACAGUUGAAAAUAAUGAAAAUAUACGUAAUGCUACUGAAUCUUUGAGAAAAGCAAAGAAAAUUUUAGAGCGAAGUGAUGAGAAUUAUCUUGGUCAUGCAAGUAUGAGGAAGUAUGAUAGUGUAUUGGAACAAAAUGUUGGUGGUAAAGUACCAACAAUUACCAAUAGGGCUAACAGAUAUGAAGUAGAAGAACCAGAAGAAGAUACCGAUAAUCAUCAGGAUGCAGAUCAAGACACUUUGGAACAAGGCUUUGGAUAUGAUUAUACACCACCACUUCCCCAAAAUUUAAACUUCAGUUCAACACUAAUCAAUAUACUCUCUAAAUAUAAUAUCAAAACGGAUGAAAAGCUUCAAAAUUAUGACUUGUCUCGUCAGCGUAAAGCUAAAAUUCCUUUUGUCCCAGAAAUUUCAUAUUCUCGGCAUAGAUAUAACAGCUUAAAUCAUUUGCCUGUGGACCCAUUGCUCGCUGUUUUUCUAUCCAAUUAUGGAUUCUACAUUCCAAGUUUAUAUGGGAUCAAAUCUAAUUAUAAUAAUUUGUACGGCUAUCUGGCUUCAAAUAACAUACACAAUAAUAGACCGUUCGGUUUGUACAAAAUUUUCUCCGACACAGAUUCAUGGAAUUAG